CAGAGAGCUAAUAGAAUCCAGGAGAGAAGUGAGGUUGCUUGACUCCAACGACACAGUGUUUGAGUCUCCUUGCGCACACAGACACCUGCGAGUGAACCUCUCUUGUCAGGAGGAUCCUGCAGCAACAAAAAGAAAAGAAAAGAAAAGAAAAGGAGGAGCUCAAGCAGAUACAAGCCUCACACAAGGUGUGCAGGAUUUACACAAGCAGACCCGAGACAUGGAGGAGAGAGAUUGUCCGUCUGGGAGUUAUUUUGUGCACAGGGAGAUUCUGGAUGAGCUGCGUCUAGAUGAAGUGGCCCAAAAAGGGACUUGGUCCACUCAACCACCCCUGGGUGAACGGAUGAAGGAGUCCCUGAGGUGUUCAGUGCCCAGGCUGAAGAACACCGUGCAGAGCUGGGUGCCUGUUCUUGAAUGGCUGCCUAAAUACUCCAUCAGGGAAAAUGCUGUGGGAGACCUGAUCUCUGGCUGCAGUGUGGGCAUCAUGCACCUGCCUCAGGGCAUGGCUUAUGCUCUUCUGGCUUCCUUACGGCCCGUGUUUGGCCUGUACACGUCUUUCUACCCCGUACUGGUCUACUUCAUCUUUGGUACUUCCAGACACGUCUCCAUUGGUACGUUUGCCGUGAUAAGCAUCAUGGUUGGGAGUGUGACAGAAAGGCUGGCACCUGACAGUAACUUUAUCGUAAAUGGCACCAACAGCUCUGUGGACUUUGAUGCUCGAGACGCCUCCAGAGUACAGAUAGCAUGUUCCCUCACAGUCUUGACAGGAAUCUUACAGAUCUUUUUGGGUGUGAUCAGGUUUGGUUUCGUGGUCACCUACUUGUCUGAGCCACUGAUUCGUGGCUACACGACAGGAUCAGCGUGUCACGUGUGUGUGUCACAGCUCAAGUAUCUGUUUGGAGUCACGCCGGCUCGAUUCACCGGUCCUCUCUCCAUCAUCUAUACUAUGGUGGACAUUUGUCGCCUGCUGCCUCAGACUCAGGUGCCGGAGCUGGUCGUCAGCCUGGUGUCUCUCUUUGUUCUCAUCGUGGCCAAAGAAAUCAACGACUGCUACAAAAAGAAGCUGCCCAUUCCCAUCCCUAUAGAACUGAUAGUUAUCGUAGCAGCGACAAUCAUCAUCCACUUCUGUGAUCUGAGCACUAAAUACAGCAUAGAUGUGGUUGGAAUGAUUCCCAGUGGGCUCAACGCUCCCCAGGUUCCACAGGCCAGUUGGUUCUUAGAGGUGAUCGGUGACGCAUUUGCUUUGGCCAUUGUGGGCUAUGCCAUCAACAUUUCCCUUGGCAAGACAUUUGCUCUCAAAUAUGGCUACAAGGUGGACAGCAACCAGGAGCUGGUGGCUCUGGGUCUCAGUAACACCGUGGGCAGCUUUUUUCAGUGCUACUCUGUGACCUGCUCAUUGUCUCGCAGCCUCAUCCAAGAGAGCACAGGGGGCAAGACACAAGUUGCGGGAGUGAUUUCAUCCGUCAUUGUGCUGAUCACAGUUUUGAAAAUAGGUGCUCUCUUUGAAGACCUCCCCAAGGCCGUUUUAUCUACGAUAGUGUUUGUGAAUUUGAAGGGAAUGUUCAAACAGUUCAUGGAUGUGCCAAUGCUCUGGAGGACCAACAAGGUUGAUCUGCUGGUGUGGCUGGUAACGUUUCUGUGCACCAUCCUGUUCAACUUAGACUUGGGUUUGGCCAUCUCCGUUGGCUUCUCCAUGCUCACCGUCAUCUUCAGAACGCAGAGACCCCGUUACUCUGUCUUAGGGCUGGUGUCAGGCACUGAGUUAUAUCUAGACACCGAGAGCUACAGGGAGGCUAAAGAGAUUCCAGGAAUCAAAAUCUUCCAUUCAUCUGCGACUAUCUACUAUACAAAUGCUGAGAUGUACUUGGAGGCCCUGCAAGAGAAGAGUGAAAUUGAUAUUGGGAAGCUGCUGACGGCAAAGAAGAAGCGAAAGGAGGAGUUGAAGCGCAAACAGGAGAAAGAGAAAAAGAAAGAGAACGCAGAGAAAAAAGCAGCCAGACACUUGACCAACGGUGCACACUACUUGAAAAAUGAAGAAAAAGCCUCUGAAGGAUUGAAUGGACAGAGUCAAGUGAACGGCGCAGCCAUCUCCCUGACAGAAGCCUCUGCAAAUGGGCUCAGUAAAGGAAACAUUAACUGGGCUUACCAGCACGACACGACCACGGUGGACUCAGACUCAGAAGCAGGUUUCCACGUCGACGACAGCGUCAAGCAGGCGUCGCACUGUGGAGACGAGGAGGAGGGAAGGAGCAGCGGAGCACGCACACACAGCAUCAUCCUAGACAUAUCGACCACCGGCUUUGUGGAUACAGUGACGACGAACACGUUGAAAAAUAUCUUCAGGGACUUUGGGGAGGUUGACGUGGACGUUUAUCUCGCCGGCUGCCAAGCCUGUGUGGUGGAGCAGCUGGAAACUGCAGCUUUCUUCUCCGAGUUGAUCCCGAAGACCAUGUUGUUUGUCACGGUCCACGACGCGGUGAUUCACAUUCUCCAGAAAAAGCAGCAGAGGGACCUCAUGCGAGAUAUUUGCUGCAACACUCAGAUGUAACCAUCAGGGGUCAGACUGUCCCAGCUCUCACCACCUUCCUCCUCCUCUCUGGUUCCACUCCUCACCAUUGGUCUUCAUUGUCUCCUCCCCCUUUCAGUGGGGGAGAAUGCACCACCUUGACGUGGCGGCUGGUUGCCAUGGAAACACAGGGAGCCGUUGCCAUGACAACAGGCUUUUUAUGAUAUCGCCUAAUGAGAUCGCAGGCAAUACGUCAUUGCAGCUCUGUCUCUCGCGCUGUGGUGUGUGUGUGUGUGUGUGUGUGUGAGAGAAUGUAACAGACUGAAAGAAGUCUUUAUUUAUAGCCUGUGUGACAUAGUAGAGAGAGAGAGUGAAAGGGCCAGACAGACAGAUGAUGUGUUUGUGUCCACCUGCUGUGGAUUAUUGAGACAAUUAAAAAGCCCUCACCCCAAAUCAAGGCCAAUGUCUGCCGGCAUGAAUCAAUAAAAUGUAAAUAUUAGUCAUGAACAGGGAAAGACUGUGCCCUCUGGGAGGGCUCCCUAAUCCUCACACUAACACCCAUUUUGCUCAGAACACCCACAAGAAAAGAGCUGAGCAGCAGAUAUGGUAUAAUCCGUGCAGCUGUGUGGGUGUAUUUACAGUCAGCUGGGCUUUUUUCAUGCGUCUCAUUCUUCUGACAGUUCAUGCUCCCCAUGCUUCCAUUUUUAGGCUCCAUUCUUAUCUGAUGUAUUAUAGCUGUUUUUGUAUUUCGUGAAGUGUCUGUGGUGUCAUACCUAUAUGUAUUUAAGGGCUUUGGACCACUUGUCCAAUUGUAUUCUGUUCAGCUGUUAAAAGUUUUUUAUAUAUACACACAUAUCUACAGUAUAUAUAUAUAUAUACACACACAUACACAUAUAUACAUAUAUACACACACACGUUUAUAUAGCUUUGUGUUGGAAGCCCAUUAGUUCCGUAAAUUGGAAACAUUUGUGUCUUAAACAGAUAGUUCAGGUAAAUAGUUAACCUCAUGUAAUCUCUGCCCACUUUAGAAUAUGUUCAUCUUGCAAACAGCUGAAUCCAAAGCCCAUAAACAAAAUAAAUGAUUUUACAUCACAA